AUGAUUUGUUUUAUAUGUGAAGUGAACUCUGGAAAUUGGAAAGCAUUAGUAUGUCAUUUUAAAAUAUUUCAUUCGUUAAAAAGUCAUAGUACUUAUAGAUGUGGCGAAGGUAACUGUAAACAAUCUUUUCAGUCCUUAGCUACAUUUAAAAGACAUAUUCAUGCUAAGCACUUCCCAGAACUACAAUUAAUUUUUCAAAUUCCUGAACAACCUUGUACCAAUUCUUCACUGCCAUCUCUUAAUGCUAAAACUAGUCAUAGAAAUAAUCUUUUAACUGAAAAUGAAAAUGCUGAAAUUCCAUUUAAUUUUGAAUUAGUAAGUGAAUUGUUAUACAAGUCAGCAGUAGAACUGGUUGUUAAUUUACAUAGUGUUAUUAACAAUAAUUUUUCUAGAGUAGACAUUUUAAAUAUUCAAGUUGGUAUAGUAGAAAAGAUUUUAACUCCUAUUGUGUCCAUGUUAAAAAAAGUUGUAGAAGAUGAAAUAAAAGAGCCUAUUUUACUUUCUAAAUUUCACAGAGUUGCAUCCGUCAUCGAAAAUACUUUUCUUUACUGUAGCACUGAAUAUCGUUUAUUAGAUUGGCUUAUUAAUAAUGAAUUUUUGUCCAAAAUAAAUCAGUUUACUAUAAACAAUGAUAUUUGUCCAGUUCAGCAUAUUGGUGAAACUAUAUUUGAUGAGAAAUAUACAACAGGUGCUCUAUUACCAUCAAAAUUCCAGUUUCAAAAAUAUUUUGAACAAGGUUCCCUGAUACUAGACUAUUUUAAAACACACAACAAACUGAACGAUGGUAUACGGGCAACAUUAGUAGACAUACUUAUUGCACAAGUACUGUCCCAACAAAUACCUAUGUCUGUAAGUUUGGCAGAAUCACUAGCAAACCAAAUUGUUGCUAUGUUUAAAACGGAAGUUAAGGAUACAUAUUUCAUGAAAAUUGGUUGUAACAAAAAUCCUAAAGGAAAAUUGUACUCCAAGUAUUACAACUCUGUAAGAAAUAUGAAAAAUACUGGAUUAAUACCUACAACAAUCAUUAAAAACAAAAUAAUCACCGACAAGACACAGAAAAAUGGAUGGUUCGAAAAAGAAUUUGUAUCUGAAAGUGAAAUAGAUUCUAUACUAGAUGUAUUGAAAUACAAUGACACUACAUUCCCAGAACUAGAAUCGAACUGGAAAGCUACAGUAAAUUAUAGAUUGAAUUAUAUUAAGAAUUCUGGAUCGACUACAGACAUUUUAAAGAAUUGGAAACAAUAUAAAGUUCCUUACGGCCAUAAAUUGAUUGAUAUUGAUUACAAUGUUCUAUUUCCAACUAAUAUUAAUAUUUAUCAAGACUUCAAGGACAAAUCGGAUAAAGUUUUUAAAUUAUUUGAUGAAAAAAUCAAAGAUUUAAACAGCCGAAAAAUAUUGGACACCUUAAAAAAUACAAAUGAAAUGAAUAUUAAUGAUAAUGUCAAAAAUUGUGUAUUGGUAUAUUUGCUGCAUGCUCUUUUUGCUCCCACUUCCAGAAAACUUACCAGAGAUGAACAAGGAAGAAAGAAUCUAAUGAAGUAUUCAAUUAAAGAUUCACAAGACAGUUUAAUAGUAUUUGGUGAAUCCGUUGAUGUAAUGCAGCAACACUUAGAACAACUUAAAAGUCGCGGGGACCCUAUCCAACCAUUCAUUUUAGUUGUAGGAUCUAUUUUUCAUCCUAAAGAAAUUUUGGUAUAUUUUGACACAAUUAUGUAUAAAGUGCAUUCUAUACUAAGGGCUAUAGAAGUAUGUUAUACAAUUUUCCACUUAUUCAACUUGGAAUACCCAAGCCAAUCAUCUAUUGUUUGGUUAUUCAUACAAAAAUUCUUUUUUGGUGUAACAUCUAAAUAUGAUACUCUCCACCCAAAAUUAGUUCAAGUUUUAUAUGAUUUAAAAAAUUAA